CACUUCCUCUAUGUUUUCUCAAAUCAUGUGAAGGGCUCUGUCUCUCCCAAUAAGAUCUCAGAGUCCAGAAGAACUCCCACUAAACAGGCUGCUCCUGAGGAGAAGAAUGGAUGGACAGAGGGAGAAUCAAUGAAAACGUGAUCCCAAGAAACAUGCUGCCUAAGACUAACAAGGCCUUCAGGAAUCUAAGGAUCCUGCAAGUUGCCCUGACACUCUUGGUUCUUGUCCUGGCAGCUGCCCUCAAAGUGGUGAUUAUUCUGUAUUUUCAAGGGAAAAAUGACCAACUGGAGAGUGCUAAGGUCUCAAAUGAAGCUCUGAAAAGGCAAAAUAAAAUACUCAUGCAGAGAAUAUCAGAGUCUGCAGCGGUCUAUAAUGGGAGUCUCUACCAUUUUUCCUGUGGCAGAAUGUCCUGGAAAGAUGCUGAGGAGUACUGUGUGUCAAGGGGAUCUCAUCUGACCUCAGUAACUUCAGAAAAAGAGCAGGAAUUUAUUUAUAAAAAGGGUAAUGGUACCAUAUUCUGGAUUGGACUAGAUAAACAGAAGAGCUCCAACUGGAUGUGGACGGAUGGGACCCCUUUUGAUGAGUCUCCAAACAAGAUGUUUUGGUCACCAGGGGAGCCAAAUAAUGAAAACAAUAUUGAGCAAUGUGUCAAUUUCCGGACGGUUGGUCUCAAAUUUUGGAACGAUGAAGCCUGCUACAAGCAUUUCAAAUUCAUUUGUAAGAGAGACUGUGGUUCAUCUGGACUGUGCAAGUAGCACAACUUCUGCUGGCCACCAUUUUUGAAGCAAAGAGAAUAAACAAGCACAUCCAAAAGCUUUUAUUAAGUACUUUCAACAUGCCAGGCAGGACAGCCAGGUGGGGCCUUUUUGCAUAGAGUGCUGGACCCAGAGUCAAGCAGAUUCAGCUUCUGGGGUUCAAAAAUUACUAGCUAUGCAACUCUGGGCAAGUCACUUAACCCUGUUUGCCUCAGUUUUCUCCUCUGUAAAAUGAGCUGGCAAAGGCAAAGCACUCUAGUAUCUCUGCCAAGAAAACCUAAAUGGGAUUGCAAAGAGUUGGACAUGACUGAGACAACUGGACAUCAUCAUAACACGUUAGACACUAUACAAACAUCCUUUUACCUACCAUCUUCCAUUGUUCUUUCCUGCUUAAAUUUUCCCCAGAUGAACCUAGAAAAUCUGUAGAGACCUGAUCAGCUGAGCCAAAUCCUGUCAGGCAGUCAGGCAGCCAUAGACCAUCCUCUCCAUAACAUCAUACACAUACUGGGUCCACCUAUUUAGUCAAUCAUGGCCUGUGGCAUUCCUCAUACCCUGGAACAAAAAGCCUGGUCUGAGCUGCUUCUCAAACAUGAUGUUCCAUCUCCUGAGUUUGAGUACUUUCAGUGGCUCCCCCUCCCCAUGCCCUUUUCCCUCCUCUUUUUCACCUCCUGGUUUCUCUGGCUUCCUUCAAGUCUCAGUCGAAGCCUGACCCUCUGCAAGAAGUCUCCCCCAUCCAAAUUGUGGUACCUGUGUGUGUGUGUGUGUGUGUGUGUGUGUGCUUGCCUUAGCUUUAUUUCUCUGUGAACCUGUUGUCACCCAAAUUGAAUAUAAGCUCCUUCAGAUAAGGUCCUCUUUCCUCUCCUCUCCACAAAUGGGAUGGGGAAAGGGGGAGCCCCUAGAGAUUCUAUAUAAAGGUAGGCAAUCAUACAUAUACAUACACACAUAUAUUGCUUAUACACAGUCCUGGGACAAGCCACUAAGGAUAAGAGGUCACUAAGGACAAGUUAAUACCUUAAUAUUGUUCUUUUAUACUUAAUAUCCUGUGCCCAGUUGCCCAAGUGGGGAAAAUUCUGCUUUUUGUCAUUUAAUAAAAUAAUUCUAAUGCAAGUUCAUUUUCAUUUUUGGUUUCAUAUUCCCCAGGACCUAGCACUAUGCUAGGCACAAAGUAGGGAAUUCUCAAAAGUCCACCAAAUGAAUGAAUUGUAACUCCUCAGUUGUUCCUUAAGAGGCAACUAUGAUUCAACAGUUAAGAGCACUGGGCUUGGAGUCAGGAAGACCUGAGUUCAAAUUUGGCCUUAGAUACUUCCUAGCUGUGUGACCUUGGGCAAGUCACUUAAUCUUUGUCUGACAAAAGAAUCCACUGGAUCUUCUGGAGAAAGAAAUGGCAAAGCACCCUUGCCAAGAAAACCCCAAGGAUAGCUAGUCCAUGGAGUAAUGAAGUCAUUGAAUAUGAAUGAACAGCAACUACAAUUCUUUAUGGAUCCUUUGUUAAUUGACCCCAAGCAAUCUUAGUUCUUGUCUUGACUCUAUUAUCAGUGGGAACAUGCCAAUCUUUUGGUAGUACUUCCUCUCAGAUCCUCAUCUGAACCCCAGCAAAAGCUUGAGAACAAUUUCCCUGAAGACACUAGAAAUACUAACUCGGGUAGUCUCAAUGACUAUCCCUUGUCCCACAUCCAGAGCCCCCAUUCUGGAAAAGCAGGGACAUUUUGGCCUUAUUACAUAGCCAGGGGCUUUGUCCUUGCCCUAGUCAGGUCUUGGGCUCAUAUAAAACAUUCAAUCGUGGAGUGUGUUAUUCCCCAUCCACUGGGGAUCACCCACUCAUUCUUGGCUCUCUCUCUCUUCUCUUAGCUUCUGUGAUAAAAUGUGUCUUCUCAGACUAUGAACCAGGGUUGUUUAUGGUUUUGAGCCCAACUGGAGCUAAGAGGAAGUAAAAUUUCUUCCGGGGUUUUAAAAAAUAAAGCAAUGUUUCACCUUU